UCUCUGAGUCAUAAAACUGCGCCGAAAAUGUGUUGUUGUUUUCCGGAUUUCCCAGUAUUUCAGAAGCACACAGUUUCAGUUUCAAUGUUUAUCUGAUCUUAUAUUGUAAUGCUCAACACUACGAGCUUUGAAAUAAUAAUACAGAAAUAAGGUUAAAGAAACCUCAGCACAUUGUUUCCGGUUGAGUCGCAAGGAAGUCCUUCUGGACUCCGGCCGCGGGACCUUUAGCAGACAUGUUUUCCAGGAUAAUUCUUCAAAAUCUGUGGCGAAGUGGCAAACAUGUCACGCAAAAAAUCCUCAAAACUGAGACGAAAAAAGCUGUCCAAUGUCAAACGGUCGUAAGACCAAAGCGCAGGAUCGGUUGGAUUAGUCAGUCGUUCCAGGAGUUCAUCGACAGUGCAAAAAGGCAGGCAUUUAAACAAGCGUUUUGGCGUGGCAGACAUGACAAGAAUAUUCUCCUAUUUGCAUUUGCCGGAUUUGUUGUUGCCAGGCAAUCUGAGGGUGAUAAACGGUUGUCUGAAAUUCAGGACAUAAUCAAUGUAAAGGACCAAUCUGAUGACCUUGAGCUGCCAUCUUUAACCUUCCUAGGGCGCGAACUGCCCUUGGAUAUAUUUGAGAUUGGCCGCAACAUCAGACAAGGAUGCGACAAUGCAGUGUAUGAGACAAGGUGCAAUUCUGCUGUGGACGAAGUCGCCGAAACUGAAGAAACGGACCAAACAGAUUCGGAUCAAUGUGAAUUCGAAAACGAAGAGUCCAAGACAGAAAGCGAAAUAACUACCCAGUUUUUGACUAGCCAAGAUGCCAGUGCGUCCUUCGUCUUCAAAGUUCAUGAGUAUUACGAUGAGUCGCUCAUCAGAGGGGGGAGCGAUGAGGUUUGCGACGUUUCUAUCUUCGACAGGACAGAUGACGAAAUAGAGCCUUGGUCAGCAGUUGAUCAGAUAAAAGACCACAAAGACUUGGAUGAAAGGGAAUUAGAAAACGAUGAAUCAGACACGGAAAGUGACAUAACAGUCCUUUCUUACACUAGCCAAGAUGCCAAUGCGCCCGAGUAUGACGAUGAGAGGCACAUCAGAGGCGGCAGCGAUGAGGUUUGCGACGUUUCUAUUCCAUACUGGACAGAGAACGAAAUAAAGCGUUGGUCGGCAAUUGACAUCCAUCACACGGAGGAUUCUGCUGUUGGAGAAUUUGAAAACGAGGAUUCAGACACAGAUAGCGACAUAACAGUCCUGUCUACCACUUACCAAUUUGACAGGGAUCCCGCCGUCUUCAACGUUCCUGAGUAUGACGAAGAGUGGAAAAUCAGACGGGACAGCGAUGAGGUUUGCGACGUUUCGAUUCUCGACUUGACAGAGGACGAAACGGAGCCUUGGUCGGCAAUUGACAUUGACCACGUGGAAGAAUCAGGUGAAGUGGACUUGGAAAACGAAGAUUCAGACACAGAAAGCUUCAUAAUGGUCACGCCUUCGACUAACCAAGAUGCCAGUGCGCCCGCAGUCUUCAACGUUAUUGUGUAUGACGAUGAGUCGCCCAUCAGAGAGACCAGCGAUGAGCGUCGCCGCGUUGUGGUCCACGACUUGACGGAAGAAGAAACGGGGUCUUGCUCGGCAACUGAGAUUAGUCAAGAAGGAGACCUCAAAGAUUCAGAUGUAUUGGAAUUUAAAAACGAAGAUUCAGACACAGAAAGCUCCAUAAUAGUCAUGUCUUCGACUGACCAAGAUACCAGUGCGCCCGCCGUUAGCAAAGUGCAUGUGUAUGAUGAGGGACACAUCAGAGAGGGCAGCGAUGACAAUAACGACAGUUCGAUACUCGACACUGCCGAUAACGGAAUAGAGCUUUGGUCGACAGUUGGCAUUGAUCACAUGGAAGUUUCCCAUGAAAAUAAGAAUCGACGCUGGAAACGCAAAGCCUUGAAGAGGGCGAGGAAAAGUGUCAAAGAAGACCUUUACCGUCUGCAAAAGAAGCGACUGUGUUUGGAAAUUGUUCUGCUUAACCCUUAAAGCGCUGGAGCUGAAUUUUAAAGGCCUUUGCAAACAGUUUGGAUCCAGAUGAGACGCCACAGAACGUGGCGUCUCAUCAGGAUCCAAACUGUUUGCUAUUCUGAUAGUAUUCUUUGAAAAAAAUCGAAGAAAAUACUAAUUUUAGAAAUUCUGCAGACGACAUUUUAGCAGACGACAAAUUUCCCAGCAUGCAAUGGGUUAAACAGAAGAUUGCUCAUGACCGGGAAUUGCAUCAGAUGCUUAUAGAGAAGAUGUUGAGAAACCAGAUGAUAAAUAUUGAACUAUAAAUACUAUAAGGAUUCAACAUAGAUAACGCACGUUAUUAUGUUAGAAAACAAUCAAAAAGAUAGUGUACAUUUCUAGAUGUAAAGUGAUAAAAUGAUUUCCUUUUUUUCAAAUAAAAUAACAUAUUUUAUUCAAGAUUUUAAGGGAUUAAUUAUGAUUAAAAAUAGCGAAAUUACAUGACUUAAUAUGUUACGCAUUAUUAAGUAUUGCUUAUUAUGUGUAUGUAGAAAUGACAUUUGCUUGUUUAUUUAAAUUAUAAGGUUAAGGGUUAAGUUAGUCAUUUAGCUUUGUAGUUGUGUUGUUAACCAUAUUCUAAGUAACACAUGUUUGCUUUAUAUAUGCUCUUGUUAUUGUUGUUGUUGUUGUUGUUGAUAAUAUCGACUUAUUCCAAAAGAAAAACGCCAACAUCGAUUCACGAAUUAAGACUUGACUCCACUUUGAAUUAUUUGGAUCAUUUGUAAAAUUACAUGGUUAUGGUUUUAUUUAUUACUAUUCAUGGUGAUUCUUUUAUUAUGUAGUGUUGUGUAUAGCUGAAAGACAAUCAAAAGUCAACGGAUAACUAUUGUACAUUAUAAUUAUAUCAGUUGUCCUCCGACAUUAACCCAUUUAUGCCUAGUGGACUCUCCCAUCCUUCUAAAUUGGAUCAAUUUAUUUCCAAAAUUAGGGAUGUCUAGUAUAUUUAUUUCUAUAUUUAGAAUAUUUCUUACAGAAAUUCCUUUAAGCAAACAGCGCAGACCCUGAUGAGACACUGCAUCAUGCGGCGUCUCAUCUGGGUCUAAGCUGUUUGUCAAGGCCUUUUUUCUAGACGCUAGGCAUAAAUGGAUUAAGUACAUACAUAACGUUAAAGAAUGUAUAUCUAAUUUUAAUGUUUUAUAUCGUUAUGAUAAAUUAAUGUGAUGCAAAUUAGUAAUUAAUUAUAUUUAUUCAUAUUAUUUAAAUAUGUUGUUUUUAUGACAUACAAUAGUUUGAACAACAGAA